UGAAUGAAAGCACCAAUAUAUGGAGCCCCGGACACAAAAAGUUCGUUCUUUUUUUUUUUACCCAUCGCAUUUUUUCUCCAUGUCCCCUCCGGAGCUCCGUAGCAAAGCAAAAUGACAGUAAAACGAUUUGAAAAAUACCUUCAUGAAAUGAAAGGUACUUCAAAGCCAUAAACAAACAACCGGGUUACUCUUGUAGUGUUGUAGUACUUACCAAAAGGGGCAGUAAUGUGUACACAUGGCCGGUCGCCAUGCUGUCCACGUCGACGGCCAACGAAGAAGAAGUGAUCGCAACGAUGGCGCCAUGUUCCGUCGGUUACAUUUCAAGCUAAUAUCGUCAUGUUUAACUCUGGUCAUUAAAUAUCUAUUACACUCCAGCAUCUUGGCUUGCACUUUGGCUAAUUAAAGGUGAGCAAUGGCCAAUGCACAGUCAGCUUUAAAGUUAGCCGUGUGCCUCCUCAUGAUAACAGAGCAGCUUCUAGCUAAGAAGGAUUACUACGACAUACUGGGACUGUCUAAAGAUGCCACUGAGCGGCAAAUAAAGAAAGCUUUUCACAGGCUUGCCAUGAGGUAUCACCCCGAUAAGAACAACAGUCCGGAUGCAGAAACCAGAUUCAGGGAAAUUGCAGAAGCUUACGAAGCGCUAUCAGAUGCCACCAGAAGAAGGGAGUAUGACCAGUUUGGCGGUAGCGCUUCAUUUUUCACCAGAGCCGCGCAGCAGGGACAGAGAUGGGCUGCCCACCAGUCUUUCAGCUUCAAAUUCGACGACAUAUUCAAGGACUUUGACAUCUACAGCCACAACAGGCACGCCCGCCACAGAAGACACUUAGACGAACACUCCCAGCAAGAGCCCCACGGCCGACACAAGAGACAUUUUCAAGGGACGGGUUUCUUUGACGACGUGUUGGACGACGUAGAGAGAAUGUUCACCUUGCACAGACACCCCAAACAGACUGAAAACGUGUUUCACAGCACGUCCAAGCAGCACUGUAGGACAGUGACGCAGCGCAGAGGAAAUAUGGUGACCACAUACACAGACUGCACUGCAUCCUAAGAUGCAACAUUUCAAUAUGCCUUGCUGGCAUACAAUAUAUUUGUGACGAUACCCAGUGGGUUGGGUUAAUAGUCAUUUUUUCCCCAUUUUCUGCUAAGCUGACUUCAGUUCUGCCAAAGAGACUAAAGCAAUCAGAGCUCCUGUAACCAAUUAAAUAUGUUCCAGAGUUCUUGCCCCUUGUCAGCUGACAUUUUGUUGACUGACACUGCUAUUUUUAAAUGUGGUUUGCAUUUAGUUUAAAAUACUUCUAAAUAUUGACAAUGUAAUUGUGCCUUCAAUGUAGAAACUCACUGUACAAAAUCUACACAUAAGAUAUACUGAUUUCCUACCAUACUGUUUGUACAGUAUGCUUCUUCAUUCCUGACGCUGUUAUUUCAGUGUGUAGUGUGCAAUAUUGGUUACUUUUCCCUAUUUGAUCUAAACUAUCAAAUUGAAGCACUUUCAUGUUGUACAAAAUUGUGGCUGACACCUGCGUUUGCUCUUUAAGAAUGUGUUUUGAGAAAUAAAAAGAUUGAAUAGCUGCUA